UGGAGGACCACCUGUGCCGGCCAUCACCAUGGAUGACUAUMCCAUCCAGGGUCUCUUGGCCCUCUCUGUUUUGUUGGGACCAUUGUUCAGGUUCAUGUUCCCGUUGGGGUUCGGACGUGUGUGCACGUCCCGCAUGUUGAUGCGAUCAGGAGCAGUCAAGUCUGGCCCCACACCUGCGGAACAGGCAGAGAUAGACCGCAGGUUGGCAGAGAAGAAAAAAGAGAAAGAAGCCAAGAAGAAACAGAAAGAAGAAGAAGCCAGAAAGAAAAUGAAAGAGAAGAUGGAGAAAGAAUUGGAAGAAGAAUUGAAGAGCAUAGAAGAAGAAGAAGAAGUAGAAGAAGUAGAACAGGAAGAAGARCAAACCUUGCAAAGACGUCGUCACGUUAAUAUUCUAGAAAGUAGCACAGCCAACCGACUCCCCGUUGAACCUUUGAACUGGGCUGACCAAUAUUAUUACUCCAGCGAAAUCUUAAAGGAGUCUGAAGAAGAACGUGAUCUGUUCCUUGCUAAGUUAGCUACGGUAAAUGACACCGUUGAGCGGAACCUAAUGAUGGAAGAAAAAAGGGCAGAGCUGAACAGUAAACUGCUAGCCACCAGAAGACAAGAAAUUGAAGAAAAGAAAAGGCUGCAGGCAGAAGGGGAGAAAUUACAGAAAGCUCUAGAGGAGCAAAAAGAUAAACCCUCUGCGACUGAAGAACAACUGGCACUGCUAAGGGAGGCCGUGCUCAAUACAAGACAGGACAUGGCCUUAAUGCGCCAGACGUUGCAAAGAGUUGAGACCCAUCGGGUUGAGUUCGAGACUAUUUGGAACAACUUUUUAGAAAAGUCUGCUAAGGACGUGGACCAUCAUGUUCAGACAUAUAUCCAGGUUUUGGAUGAUCAUGUCACUAAAACGUUCACUCCGGAAGUCGUAGAGAGGAUUGUGAAGGGAGCUGGAGGUGAUGGGGGAGAUGGUGAUGACGAUGGCGAUGGUGACAGGAAGGGGAAGAAGAAGAUUGGAGAUCCUAAAGAAAAACUUCCUCAGGAAUCCGGGCAGGUUAGCAAGAUCAAGCUUAAACUUCCCUGGACCUAUAAUGGGAAAAAGGAAGAGAGUGUCUUACAUUGGGCAGCCGCAAUUGAAACCUACGUAUACGGACAGCGUAUCCCAUAUUGGGACAGGGUAUUGAUGGCGACAUCAUGCAUGGGAGGCGACAUCAUGCAUGGGAGGCGACGCCAUGAGCUUCGCCAUCUCGCUGCAAAAGGAAGCGGGAUGCAGCUCUAUGGUAGAGUAUUCGCAGCAAACGCGAAUCGACGACUUCCUUAAGUUAAUAAGAGAAAGAUUCGAAGACAAAAAUCUAGCAAGACGUACAGAAAUGUUAAUUCUCAGCCUUCCUGA